GCGAGCGGCUGGCUCCGGGGGCCGGGUCCUGGCCGGUCCCGGGUACGAGGCGCUCGGAGGGACCCGGAGUGGAGGGAGCGCGGCGGGCACGCGCGCCAUGAACCCGAAGGCGGCCGAGGAGGAGGAGGACUGCGUGGACUCUGGCGCCGAGACCGGAGGGUCUGACUACAGCCAUCUGUCCUCCACGAGCAGUGAGCUUUCUGUGGAGGAAGCACAGGACCCUUUCCUGGUGAGCAUCCACAUCAUCGCAGACCCAGGCCAGUCCCAGCCACUGCAGGAGGCCAUCGACAAGGUUUUGGCGUGGGUUCACCCUGACCUCCCACUCUUCCGAGUGUCUGAGCGGCGCACAGGCCGGCGAAGGCGGAAGUCCCCCAAGGGUGCGCAGCCGGCGCUGGCCGUGGUGCUGUUCCUGCAGGAGGCGUACGGAGAGGAGCAGAUCCUACAGGUGCACCGGGUGCUGCAGAGGCCUCCUUGGCGCCACCACCACACAGAGCGCGUGCAAGGCCGAUUCCUACCCUACUUGCCCUGCAGCCAGGACUUCUUCACUCUGGCUCCCGGAACCCCGCUGUGGGCCAUCCGGCCAGUGCACUACGGCAAGGAGAUCGUGCGCUUCACCAUCUACUGUCGCCAUGACACCUACGCAGACAGCCUCCGCUUCUAUGAGCUGAUCCUGCGCCGGAGCCCCAGCCAACGGAAAGCAGACUUCUGCAUCUUCCCCAUCUUCUCCAACCUGGAUGUGGACAUCCAGUUCUCCCUGAAAAGACUGCCCUGUGACCAGAACCCGGUGCCCACCGACUCCUCCGUGCUGGAGUUCCGCGUGAAGGACAUCGGGUACCUGGUGCCCCUCCUUCCCAACCCCUGUAGCCCCAUCAGCGAGGGGCGCUGGCAGACCGAGGACCAUGACGGCAACAAAAUCCUUCUGCAGGCACAGAAGGCACACAAAAAGGUCCCCAAGUGCAGACGAGCGCCCCACCACUCCUCUGAGAAGAAGCCUCCUCGCACCCCUCACGCCACCAUCGACACACCGAGCCCAGCACAGGGCAGCAGCCAGACAGGCCUGCAGGACAGCCCAUUCCUGGGAUCCAGCCAGGUGGCCCUGCUCCCCAAGAACAAGCAGGAGUGUACCCCACAGUCAGGUACCUCCAGCCCUGCCUGCUCUUUCCAAAGAAGCAAGUCUUUGUUUUGUUUGCCCAGCGGAGACCCCUCCCCACCUGAACCACAGCCCCUACCCACUGGUUCCCUGAGACACAGUGCAUCAGAGUGGAAGCCCAGCCACCUCACGUCCAUUGAUGACUUAGAGGGGGCCCAGGAGACAGAUGUGGACACAGGCCUGCAGCUCUCCUCCUCAGACCUGUCUGUGGUCUCUGCAUAUUCUGCACCUAGUAGGUUUUGCAGCACAGUGGAGGCAUCCCUCCCCUCCAAGAGAUGCAGCAGCCACUGGCCAGCACUCAAGAGUCCCAAGGAAGGACUGCUGCCUGCUGCCCGUGAGGUGAGCCCAGACACUGCAGGGAUAGCUUCUGCUGCUCUCUCGGCUUCUGGUGCCUCCUUGCUCACAGAGUCAUCAACACAGCUGCCCGGUCAUGAUCCCAAAGCCAUACAGGAGGGCCGAGAUGUGCUACUGCCUCCAACAACAGCUGGUCCCGAGGAUAAUGACACGGAGGAGUUCUACAUCUGAACAUGUCUCAGUUUUCAGACAGACGCAGUCACGCGAACUCGGGUACCACUGCCCUGCUCUUUGUGCCAUCCUUAAUGGAUGGGUGGCAUAUUUCUAGAGGCUCAGAAAAAAAGAGGAAAAAAAAAAGUACCUGACAUUUUUUAUGGAAAUAAACUUUCAACGCACUUAAAUCGUAAAAUCUAUUUUUGAAUGCUCAGUUAAUACAAUUUAGCGCUUCAUAUAAUUAUUUGAAAUGAAAAAGAAAACAUAGCCGGCUGACUUGACAAUUAUUCAUACUGUGAAAGUAAAAGAACAAAAGCCAAAAUGUUGACUGGGAAAAGGAGAGUGAAUGACUGUGUCAGAGCUUAGCGUGCGGUACAGAAUGCACACCUUCCUGGCUCCUCACAGCCGCACGGGGACCCAGGACCCUAGACUCAUGAAAGCCUGCUUGCAGUGGUUGCUUCGUAGGCCAGCUGUCAACCCACAGCAGACAACAGAAUGCCUUGCUUUUAGGCCACGCUU